AUGGCUAAAUCACUCCGUGCCAAGAACGUGCAGAAAAACAAGACGGUCAAACGAGCCACGUCUUUUGGCGACGUUGCAAAGGCUCGCGCUGAGCGAAUUGCCGAAAAACUCGAGGAAAACGCCCGCAAACAGCAGAUCGAAUUGCCCACAGAUCAAAUGGAUGUCGAGAAGAAAAUUUCUACCGCCGCCUUGCCCGAUGCUGACUUGCCGUCCCAGCUUUCUGAGUUGGGUUUGCGUAUAGAGAGUAUGGAAGAGCCGAUACACAGAGCCUCGCAGUCGUUUUCGCGCGACGAACGUGUGAUAUUUGACGAGGAAGAAGACUUUGAGCUUCCCACGCGGUCAGGAGACGGUUACGCGUUGGUUGGCGACGAUACGUUAGAGAAACCGCCGCCGUUUAAUUUUAGAGCAGCAAUUACCUAUGGCUUGCUAUGGUACAUCUUUUCGGUAGCCAUUUCUGUCUACAACAAGUGGAUGUUCUCUCCAAGAGGCCUAAACUUUCCCUUUCCUGUAAUUACGACGGGAAUGCAUCAGGGAGUGCAAAUUGUCUUGGCCUAUUUGACAACUCUCGCGCUGGGGAUCAACCACGAUCUAUUGCCUUUAUCUGCGUAUGCGACCAAAGUGUUGCCAUGUGUAAUGGCCAGUGCAGGUGACAUUGGCAUGGGCAAUCUGAGUCUCAAGUUCGUGUCAUUGAGCUUCUACACCAUGGUGAAAUCGUCGUCCCUGGGGUUUGUGUUGGUGUUUAGCAUUCUAUUUGGCCUCGAGUUCGCUAGCUGGCGUCUGGGAGGUAUCGUCGGUCUACUCACUAUUGGUGUGGCUAUGAUGGUGAGGGGUGAGACCAAGUUCCACUUGACCGGCUUUCUUUUGGUCCUGAGUGCGGCCUGCUCGUCCGGUUUGCGUUGGGCAGUCACAAAAAUCCUUCUCAGUAGCCACAUGGGAAACACCAAGCCCCAUCCUGUGCGCACCAUCAUGCUUCUGGCCCCUGGCAUGGGUCUCAUCUUGAUUGUAUGGGGCCUUAUUCAGGAGGGCCCCCGCGAGUUCGCCAACGCCGAGAUUUGGAACACACACAGCAAAUUUAUCGCCGUCCUCUACUUGCUGUUUCCAGGAGUCCUGGCUUUUUGCAUGACCUGGAGUGAGUUCGAGCUACUGAAUGUUACUGGUGCCUUGACGCUAGCUAUUGCCGGUGUGCUCAAAGAGAUGGUCACGAUUUUCGUGUCGGUGCUAGUAUUCCAUGACAAAUUGACCCUGAUCAAUGUCGCGGGAUUGCUGGUCUCGAUUGUCGCCAUUGGAUUUUACCACCAGUACCGUCUUACGCUUGUUCGCUGA